AUGGAAGAUCUGCUCGCACGCGAGCAAGCCGCCGAACACAAUGUCCUGACUCUGCUGAAGAGGACCGACGUGCCUGUUGAGCACGUCCUACAAGCCUUCCACAUCUACCGCCAAGCCGCUUCCGAGUACAUCUUCGCCGACUUCGAGUGCGCCGAGAGGUGCGAGGCCCACCUCUGGCAGGCGCAUAAUGCGGGCAAGAAAUACUUCCACAAGGAGCUGAGCAGGUUUCGCAAGCAGCCCGAGAAGGUCGUGGAGACUCGCCAUGUGACCAAGCUGUUCUUGCAAUUUGUCAAGCAAGGAGAGCGUUACUACCGCGACUAUGUUCGUCACCUCAAUACCGCCUGUGGCGGAAUACCAGAACUCGAGUCCAUCGCCUGGUUGGAAAAGACAGACAGCACCGGCGAAAGCCAGCCACCUGCCGACUUCCAGCUUACCCAGGAUCAAGCUCGUGCAUCUGCUCACCGCGCCUUGAUCUACACUGGUGACCUCUGCCGCUACCGUGCUUCCGAGCAGUUGGACAAGGUUCCAUCCUUUGGACCAGCACUUGGCUACUAUGGCCUGGCCGCUUCCAUCGUCCCUGCAUCGGGUCUCGGUCACCACCAACAGGCCGUCGUUGCUUUAGAGCAGCGCAACCACUUACGCGCCAUCUAUCAUCUCUAUCGCUCAAUCUGUGUUCCUGAUCCACAUCCGCUUGCCUUGAACAAUCUUAACAAGGAGUUCGAGAAGACGAAUGCGGCUUGGGAGAAGGGCGAGCUCAUCCAAAAGGGCCCUCCAAAUGACCCAGAUGCACCAAAGCGUGUCCUGGUCGGUUGGUUCGUUCGCUUGCAUAGCAUGUGCUACAAGGGAGAACGCUUCACUGGCUAUCAAGAGCUCGAACGCGAAGUGCUGAGCCAGCUUGCGAAUCUCAUCACUCACCCAUCGCUUCAAGACACUAUCGGGCGCAUGAUCCUCGUCAACAUGGCUGCACAGCACACUGCUGCUGCGCAAUUCCAAGCAAUUGCCCAGCAGAAUCUGCCGGUUGACAACAUCCAAGAGUCAUUCCUUCACUACUUUCGUUUCAAUCUCAAGACAUUUACUGCCUUGCUGCAGGUCUUCUACACUGAUCUCCGGAACCUUCUAUCGAACAUGGCAGAUCAGGACGGCGAGCUCGCUGACAAGCUCACGCCCGCAGGUCGCCGUCUAUUACCGUGCCUGCGCAUCUACAACAAUUGGCUUAUCGUUCACGCUCAUAUGCCGCCUGCCCUCGCUACAGAUGAGGUCGUCGGCGAGUCUGUCGCUGAAUUCUGGCCGGUCUACGCCCGAGCUAUUGACUUGGUAGCCCAGGCCUUCCCCAUCUGGGAUCUCGAGGAGCAUCUGGAACAAGUCUCGUGCGCCACAUACAUGAUGGAAGAGGACGUCGAGACUUUCAAGUUCACGCCCGUCGUGGACGACAAAACCCGCAGUACCUGGUACGACACUCAGACGCAGGCUGAUAAGCCACGGCACUCGGGGAAGAACGUCGUGUGUAGCUCACCGGAUGACGAGUUGCUCUACCGUGUGCACGGAUUCCUGGCAACGGGCCUCAACUUCGCCACCUCUGAUGACAAUGCCCCAAUUGGCAUGAUCGGUACACGUGUCUACUUCGACAAGCCAGAGAACCUCGACGGUUUGACUGUACGACCCAUCGAGUAUCAACCCGAUCCCAUCGCUCCACCAAGCAAGGCCAUUCAGCAGCAGUCCGUGCCCGUUAGUUACGCUGCGGCUGCUGCAAAUGGUCAUGCGAAACAAGGUCGUCCUGCAGCUGCACCACGCAAGACAAGCGCCACAAAACAAACCCGUGAUGCUCAGCUCGUGCGGAUGGUGGAGGAUCUUGUCGAUGAGACCGAUCCCAAAGACCCAGUGACACCGCCUCAGCCGCCCGCCUCGACUCCUGCUAUCGUCACCAAUGGCGAUGCCACGUUCGGUCUCCAGGACAGCGUGCAAGAUCUUGGCCAAACUCUACCAAAGUAUGGAAAGCCAUCUCGAGCUGCGGCUGCCAAGUCUUGGCGUCCGGGUCCAGGUGUCACUGUCACUCCGCCUGCUGUUCGGCCUGUCAAUAUGGCACGACCACUCAGUGGCAACCACGAGCGGCUGCAGUCUGUCUCUAAGCUGUGGAACGACGGACCCAAUAUGACCGGUGCUCUAGGGUCGCCUAUUCCUGCUGCGGCUCCAGGUCAUUCCCGCGUCAACUCUGCAAGUAGCAUUCGCAGUAGGAACUCGCUGAACCAGGUGGACACAUGGGGCUCCAUGGAGUCUGCGCCACGCACGCUUCCGGAGUCAGUCGUACCUCAGAAUGUCUACGAGAGCGAAUACUCCAGCAUUGAUCAGGCUGGUAUGGCCAGUCCACUACUAUUCGGCGCUGGUGGCAGCGUCUGGAGCAGCAUGCCAACUACAAAUGGCGUUCGCAAUGUCAGUCCAUCUUAUGGCCAAGGCGGCUAA